UAGCGUACGCCGUAUGUAGAAGAAGAAGCACGCCGCUUUACAAUAACACGAGUAGAGGGUGAAAAAAAAAAUAAUUGCAACAGCGGUAUCAGCGCAGACUCUCUGGACGCUGAGCGACUGUCAAUAAUCAAAAACCGCGUGGCCGGGUGUUAUUGUUAUUUUUAAUUGGAGUUUCUGCAUCUUUCGUAUAUUUUUUGUCGCGAAGGGUUAUAAUUGAGACGAGUUGAGGCAACAAGAGCAGCAGCAACAGCAACAUGGUGCCCAUAGGAGGUGUGCACUCUGGCCAUCCAGGAGUUGUGCAUCAGCAGCAGCCACAGCCGAUGGCAACCGCACCCAGCGGACCCAAUACAUUGCAGCCAAACAAUUCAUCCGUGAACUCAAAUUCAACAUCGAAUAAGAGCUCCAUGUCAGUGAAGCCCAAUUAUACGUUGAAGUUCACGUUAGCCGGCCACACCAAGGCCGUGUCGGCUGUCAAAUUCAGUCCCAACGGCGAAUGGCUUGCUAGCUCAUCUGCCGACAAACUCAUAAAGAUCUGGGGCGCCUACGAUGGCAAGUUUGAGAAAACCAUAUCUGGCCACAAGCUUGGUAUAAGCGAUGUGGCGUGGUCGUCUGACUCACGUUUGCUGGUCAGUGGCAGUGAUGAUAAAACGCUUAAGGUCUGGGAGCUCAGCACUGGCAAGAGCUUGAAGACACUCAAGGGCCACAGCAACUAUGUGUUCUGCUGCAAUUUCAAUCCACAAUCCAAUCUGAUUGUGUCCGGCAGCUUCGAUGAGAGCGUACGCAUCUGGGACGUACGCACGGGCAAGUGUCUGAAAACGCUGCCUGCCCACUCGGAUCCCGUUUCGGCGGUGCAUUUCAAUCGCGAUGGCUCGCUGAUUGUCAGCUCAAGCUAUGAUGGUCUCUGUCGUAUUUGGGAUACGGCUAGCGGACAGUGCCUGAAGACGCUGAUUGAUGAUGACAAUCCGCCCGUUAGCUUUGUCAAAUUUUCACCCAACGGCAAAUACAUCUUGGCAGCCACGUUAGACAACACACUCAAGCUCUGGGACUACUCGAAAGGCAAGUGCCUGAAGACCUAUACGGGCCACAAGAACGAAAAGUAUUGCAUAUUUGCGAAUUUCUCCGUCACCGGUGGCAAGUGGAUUGUCAGCGGCAGCGAAGACAACAUGGUCUAUAUUUGGAAUUUACAAAGUAAAGAGGUAGUACAAAAAUUGCAGGGACACACGGACACUGUGCUAUGCACUGCCUGCCAUCCAACGGAGAAUAUCAUUGCCUCUGCCGCGCUGGAGAACGACAAGACCAUAAAGCUUUGGAAGUCGGAUACAUAGAGCAGCUUUGUCAUUUAUACACACACACACACACAUACAGAGACACACAAAACACACGUAUACAAACACAGACAGAAUCACAACACA